AAGGCCGACAAAAAUAACAACAACAGUAACAGGAACGUUGUUUUACGCGCACAUGAGUCGGCAGUGAGGUGCAGGGUAUACAAUAACAUACCCACCCUAGUAGGCGUGUGUUGUAUCCUUGAAUAUCAAGUUCUUCGGUGAACGCCGUCCUGACGUGGGCAGAGAGGUCACGCGGAGUCCCUAGCCUCACGACCAGACGGUCUCGCGCUCCAUGGCAUCAAUCAAGGAUAGCUUCAUAGACCUCGAGCGCCACCGGCAGGCGCUCGAGGAAAACGCCGAAAAGCUCCGGGUACUGCUGCGGCAGUGGCGGCUCUGGGACGCCGAGUACGAGGCCCUGAAGGAGGAGGUCACCGAGAGCGACGGGCCCGGGGACCUGGCCCGGAUCCGCCGGGACUUUGAGGGGGAGCUCGUCACGGGCAAGGAGGUGGCCGAGCUGUUCGGCGGCAAGGCCGGCAUCAAGCCGGCCGGCCAGAUCGUCGCCCAGCUCGACCGUCGCCUCGACUACGUGCAGCGCUACAUCGAGACGCUCGAGGGGCAGCUCCGCGACGCCGAGGGCAAGGCCGCCGUGGCCGGCGUCGUCAGCGCCCCGGACGUGCGUGACGAUGAUGGCCUGCCCAUCACCGACAUCGUCGAGGAGCUGGACGACGACGACAACGUCGUCUCGUACCGCCUCCAGGUGCCCUCUGACUCACAGCCGCAGGUCCGGGAGGCCCUGAAGAAGGCGGGCGUCGCGAUCCCCGAGUCAUCGGCUGCGGCGGCGCCGCAGGACAGACCCGUACUCGACUCCCCUGCCGCACCGGCUGGUCAAUCUCCUUCGGGCGCCGAUGCAGGCCCCUCCACCGCGGCCCCUUCUGCAGCCCCGGCCGCGACCAAGAAGACCGUGUCGUUCGGGGAGGGCACCAAGGCCAGCGCCACCGCGGCCCUGAAGCAGCCCCAGGCCCGGGCGCAGAAGCGGCUCGAGGAGAUCAUGCGGCUGGCGAAGGAGCAGGAGGCCAUGGCAUCGCAGCCGGCUGUCAUACCCGAGGCCGAGUCGGCCGAGGACGCGGCACUGCGCCGCGACAUGCUCGCAUACAGCAUGUCGGAGAUCGCCCCCGUGGUCGCGGAGCUGGAGCUGGAGGAGGGCUACUCAGACGAGGAUGAUGAUGAGAUGGCGGACUACGACUACUUUUACGAGGAGGACGCGGAAGACGAUGAUGGGGACGGCGAUGACGACGACGGAAGCGGCAAGGAGAAGCGCCGCAACCGCAGCUACCUAUCCCAGGAGUACAGGCAACGGAUGCUUGAGCUUGAGAAAAAGCUCGGCGUUUCGGCGCCCGCCUCGGUGAAGGCGUACCAAGGCCAGGCGGCCGGUGAGGUAGAAUCAGACGACGAGCCGAGAAUCGGGCGUGUAACAGUGGCCGACUCAAAGCCCCUUGCGCCGUCCCAGAUACCCGGCCAACCCCCGGGCAGCGCCUGGUCCGUCGAGCCAAAGUCUGCAAAAGGCAAAGUCCGGUUUGCAGAGAACCUCGACAUCGCCGACGAAGCGCCCCAGCCCAAGCCCGAGCCCGCGGCCAAGCAGCAGCCAAGGAAACAAGGCUGGGACGACAUCGUCGAGCGUGGAUCGGCGACGGUGGCCCCUCCCAGCGGCCCCGCGCGGGCACCACAGAGGUUUCUAGAGACACAGGAGCCCAAGACGGCGCCGUCGGGGCCCGAGGGGCAGACGAUUGCGACGUCCAUCGUGGAGCGCCAGCCGGCCACGGCCGUGCGAGAACCCGACGAUCUGGACGCCAACUUUCUCCACCAGGAGGCCGCCGUCGAAUACCAACGGAUGCGCAACAAGCUCGUGCACAAGGGCGGGGGCUUCCUCAAGGAAGACGCCUCGGCCGUCGUGCCGCUCGACGAAGAGGAGGGCGGCCCGAAGCGGAUGAGCCGAUUCAAGGCAGCGAGGCUAUCAAAGCAAUGAUCCGAUUUGGACCAGGAAAGCAAUUAGAGUAUUAUUCCCAUCCUCUCACCGUGAACCUCGUUGUACCCACGGCCCAAAUUGGGAUUCCCAUCCAGUGAACACCACUAAACGAUCCGAACGCUUGAACAUGAUCACGGAAACGAGUUCGCGUUACUGAAUCUUUGCUUUGCUAAAG